CGGACGGAUAGCAUAGAUAGAAACGAUCGAAGCAAGCGACCGCGAGCAGGACACUUUUGCCAGCGAGCAGGAAGAAAAGUGAAAAUUUUGAACGGAUUGGUGCGGCGGAAACCAACGUUACGGAACGGAUUCCUAGCACUGGUAAAGCCAUUGUCGUGCAAUCGGACGCGAAUCGAGUGAAAAAUUCGAAGGUCCCUGCUUUUUGCUCGGUUUUUUCGCGCAAAGGCACCUGUGUCAGUGGUUUUUUUCCUCUCCAGGCACCGAAGCGAAUAUCAGAAGGAAUUUGAUGUGAUUUGUGAUAUUUGAGAAACCAGCGACAUUCACGACUGAAGUGGCAGCCUACUGUGACGAGCAAGAAAGAAGACGACGCCGACUACGAUAAGUAAGUGGUUGAGCGAUAACAUCUUGGGGAAAAAAAAGUGUUUGCAGUGUGGUACUUCUGCGGAGUUUUUCCGUUCCUUGGUUUUUGGGUUAAGUGAUUAGUGAGUUUUGUGUUUGUGAAGGAAGCGGGGAAUAAGGAUACGCUUCGAGUGGCUGCUGUAAAGUGAGACAUAAGAAGCGGAAACGAAGCGAUUUUUCCGUUGAUUUCUGUUGUUGACCGCCAAGGAUAUCGAUUUUGUGUGACAGUUCUCACUAGUCAGACCACUGUGGAGGCUCUACUGUAACUUUGGCGCUAAGAAACGACGAAAAGAUGCCUGUCAAGAAGCAAGAAGCGCACCGAGCCCUCGAACUGCUCGAGGACUACCAUUCGCGACUGUCCAGCCCUCAGGAUAGAGCCCUCCGCAGUGCCAUCGAGCGAGUCAUUCGGAUAUUCAAAUCGAGGCUCUUCCAAGCGUUGCUAGAUAUUCAAGAGUUCUAUGAACUCACUCUACUGGAUGACUCGAAAUCCAUCCAGCAGAAAACAGCCGAAACCCUGCUCAUUGCCAGUAAGUGGGAACAGGACAAUGCUGCCAAAGCAAACGAGAAUGGUUCCACCACCACCGCUACCAAUCAUUUCCCCGUUCCAUCGAUAGCCAAUGGCAACAAAAAACAGCAACAACCGCAGUCGUCAAUCCACAAUGUCAACAUCGGCCAACAGCUGCAACAACUGCACCAAGAACUGCUCGAAAAUCAGGCCAACCGCUUGAAGCAACAGGAGCUUCAACAACAGGAACAGCUAUGCAAGCAACAGCAGCAGCAGCAGCAGAUGGAAGAGGAAGAGAAGGUGGUGCCAUCGAUCCUGGCUGAAACACCAUCGCCAUCCCGUUUCACGGGAACCAGAGUAAACACAUCAAAUUCGAGUGACUCAAAACAGCUCAAUGGCGAUUCCGUUUGGGAGUACGAAGAUAUUGCCCUGGUCCGGGGUACGACCGGGCUCGGAUUUUCGAUAGCAGGCGGAACGGACAAUCCGCACAUCAACUUGGAUGCGUCGAUCUACAUCACCAAAGUGAUCCCUGGAGGAGCGGCUUACGCUGACGGACGGCUGCAGGUCAACGAUUGCAUCGUGGCCGUCAACGACAUGAAUGUAGUGAAUGUGACCCAUGGUGAAGCUGUUGAUGCGUUGAAGAAAGCCGGCGAGAGGGUAACGCUGCACAUACGAAGGAAACGACCUCCGGCUCAGGCUCCAAAGCAGGAGGAAAUCGAACUCUUCAAGGGCACCAAGGGGCUGGGAUUCUCGAUUGCCGGCGGAAUUGGCAAUCAGCACAUCCCGGGCGACAAUGGAAUCUACGUGACGAAGAUCAUGGAAGGUGGAGCGGCCCAUGUCGAUGGCCGGCUCGCGGUUGGUGACAAACUGAUCGGUGUGCGAACUAGUGAGGGAGAACGAAAUCUCGAAAACGUGGUCCACGAGGAGGCUGUGUCCACGCUGAAAGCAAUCACCAACAAAGCGACGCUGAUCGUUCAGAAGACCAACAUCCUGCAAGCGUUGGCCAACUCGAUCAACAACCUCAACUCCUUGUCGACCAGUGCGAUGAAUCAGGUCGGUCAGAGCGUGGUGGACCACGCGGUGUCCGGUGAGCUGCGAUCACAUUCGCCCAUGAUGGACAACUCCUCGUCGCGGUACGCGUCCUCGAAUCUGCUCGAAUCGGGCCUGCCGGUCGGAACGCCGCGGGCGGUUAGUCAUGAGGAUAUUUCGAGGGAACCUAGGACAAUUGUUAUUCAAAAGGGCCCAUCCGGUUUGGGCUUCAAUAUUGUUGGUGGGGAAGAUGGACAGGGUAUUUUUGUGUCAUACGUGCUUGCUGGCGGCGCGGCAGAUCUGGGUGGUGAACUCAAACGAGGCGACCAGUUGCUCAGCGUAAAUGGCGUUAGCCUUGCUGGGGCAUCCCACGAGCAGGCCGCUGAAGCGUUGAAGAAUGCCGGUGGCACCGUUACAUUGUUGGCACAGUACCGCCCGGAGGACUAUAACCGCUUCGAGCAGCGGAUACAAGAACUGAAACAGCAAGUUGUGGCCGGUACCGGAACAUUGCUGAGGACAUCACAGAAGCGGACACUUUAUGUGCGAACGUUGUUCGAUUACGACCCGAACCGGGACGAUGGAUUGCCGGGCCGUGGCUUACCCUUCCGACACGGCGAUAUUCUGCACGUAACGAAUGCCUCGGAUGACGAGUGGUGGCAGGCGCGACGGGUGAUUGGCGACGACGAGGAGGAGAGUAUCGGAAUUGUUCCGUCGAAGCGACGAUGGGAACGGAAACAGCGGGCACGCGAUCGGAGCGUUAAGUUCCAGGGCCAUGCCGGAGGAAAUGUGGAGAAGAUGUCGACUCUCGAUCGUAAGAAGAAGAACUUUUCGUUCUCAAGGCGGUUCCCAUUCAUGAAGAGCAAGGACGACAAGAACGAAGACGGUUCGGAUCAGGAACCGAAUGGCAAUGUGUGUGAUCAAAAUAAUCAUGAUUCCGAGCAACCUUUCAUGCUUUGCUACACACAAGACGACGCAAACGCCGAAGGGGAAAUAAUCUACCGCGUGGAGUUACCCGACAUGGAGCAGAUAACUCUAAUUUACCUGGAGAAUAAUGAUGCUGAUUCCGAGGAGAACAUCCUUUCGUACGAGUCGGUCCAACGCUUGCAGAUCAGCUACACCCGACCGGUGAUUAUCUUGGGCCCGCUGAAGGACCGUAUCAACGAUGACCUCAUUUCGGAGUACCCGAACAAGUUUGGGUCUUGCGUUCCUCAUACCACAAGACCGAAACGUGACUACGAGGUCGACGGUCGGGACUAUCACUUCGUGGCGUCCCGGGAACAGAUGGAGAAGGACAUCCAGAACCAUCUGUUCAUCGAGGCGGGCCAGUACAAUGACAACCUGUACGGCACCUCGGUGGCAUCGGUUCGUGAGGUGGCGGAGAAGGGCAAACACUGCAUUUUGGACGUGUCGGGCAAUGCGAUCAAGCGAUUGCAGGUGGCGCAACUCUUCCCCAUUGCGGUAUUCAUCAAGCCGAAAUCGGUGGAAUCGAUCAUGGAAAUGAACCGAAGGAUGACUGAAGAACAGGCCAAAAAGACUUACGAGAGGGCACUCAAAAUGGAGCAUGAAUUCGGUGAAUAUUUCACAGCACUCGUCCAAGGCGAUACCAUCGAGGAGAUCUACAGCAAGGUGAAGAACGUAAUCUGGUCCCAGAGUGGUCCCACUAUCUGGGUACCGUCCAAGGAAUCUCUAUGACCUCAAGCGAAUAUCACGUGGACGCUGCCACCAAAUAUGCGCGCCCGGCCCGUUUCCCGCUCCGGCUAUCACCAUUGACGGUAACCCUGAGAAAAAUGCAACGGAUUAGUAGGGCCCGGAGAAAGAAGAACAACUAUUACUUAAGAAAGAGAGAUAGGAAACAAAAAUGGUGGUGAAUGGUGAAGGCACACGUACAUUCUGUCUCACGAAAGAACUUACACUCACAAACACAUACACACACUUACACACCAUUAGUCAUUCACACUUGUUUAAUAGGACCCCAAUGUGAUUAAAAACAUUUUCGGGGAAGUAGUUGCGCGCAGUUGUGCAUCAAAUCAAUAUAGCAAUUUGGCUGCUAGCGGUAAAUGAAAUGCAAGAAAAAAAAACUGAAGAAAACAAAGUGUAAACAUGUUGUUGUUUAUUAUUAUUUUUAAAUUAUAUAUUAUAUAUUGAUACGAGUACGAGCGUAAGGUGAGUAAGAUUUUUAAGAGGAAAAUUUGCAUUAAAUAUGGACAUUUAUUUAAAUUAUUUUGUUCGAAAAUAAUAAGCUUAUUACUUAUUAAUGAAUGUUUAUUAAAUCAAUAUAUUUAUAUAAAAGAAACGCAUAUAUAAAUUAUAUAUCUAAAAUGAGAACCGGAUUAAACUAUAUUAAAACACUGCAAACAUUGAAAAUGAAAUGAAGAAAAUGUAUAAUAAAACAAAUCUAUUAAAAGUUCAGAAAUCAUUCGCGAAAGCUCGUGAAUCCUACGUAGGCCCUCCCCAUUUCAGAACCCCGCCCAUUGGUCGAAAAGCUUUCAGGAAAAUAUUCACAACUAGACUAGAUAUGCAUCGGUUUUUUGGAAAGUAUCCAACGGCAUUUAUAAGCAUAUGCGCAGUCACCUCAUCAUACGCAAAAUCAAAGCAAAAAGUGUUGUUAGUCUAAUUUUGGACAAUCAUCAACGUAUUUCCCCCGCCCCUGUACUGACUCAAACCCCUCUCAACACUCUCUAUAUCUCUCAAUAACCAGUCAUCGUAAGAGACAAACACAAAAAAGUGAACGUGAACUAACUCGCCUAGCAUUAAACAACAAAAUACAAUAAACUCGAAAUAUGUAACAUUGUUUUUAAAAAAAUAACCGAAUAAGUAAUUAAAGUUAUGGUUUUUAACGACUUCAAUCCUAACUCACUCAUCCCUCCUCACAAAAAGAUUAGGUCCCCAAGUGCAAGCGCUGACACCAUUUUUCUUUGUUUUUAUUAGUAUAUAAAUAGUGCAAAUUAAGGAAGAGUUAAGAAGUUGCAUCCGGCUUUGUUCGCGCUCGGAAUCAUCUCACGCCAGGUAGGAAUUCCGAAACAGAAUUCGACCCCCCCCCCCUCUGAAGCAAGUAUCGAUAUACCAAGACGCCUUUGUUUGUUUUCAUUGAAGAGAACCGACUUGAUAUUCGUGCCAAAAUUUUACAAACCAACCCCUCCCCUACCCCAAAGGCCAUCCACCCAAACAUACAUCAUAUCCACCUAACAGUCAAACGAAACAAUAAUAAUGGUAAUAGAAUGCGGUCAUUGUUCCCACUCACUCGACUGGACGAAGGUCGAUGUAAUGAGCAUAAAAUGAAGUAUAGGUUAUUAUAAAGGACAGAUCAAAGCAAGAUAAUGGCAACUAUUAUGACAAAAAGUUACUCCCUUCUUCACUACUUAACUGAAUUGACAUUCAUUUACUCAAACUACUUAUCGAUUGGUAGUGGAUAGAAAAUUGAAUCGCUUUCCUUCGAGCUAUGACGUAGAAUUGUUCUACUACCUAGAGCGUCCUAGAGCUUCUUCUUUUCAUUUCAAUUCAAACUUACUACAACCAAAAGCGGAAAAAUUCUCUACUAAUAUGUGACGAAACAGAAGAAAAGAUAAAAGUAAAAAUAUAUUGUAAUUGAAUUAGAAAGCUGCCUUAAAACAAAAUCCCAAGUUUUAUAUUAAAAUGAGAUCAUUUGGUUAGAGCAAAGAGAAGUAAAAAAAAAACGGAAAAGCGUUCAGAUGAACUAAACUCACGAUGACUAUGUGUAUAUAUGAUCAAAGAAGAAUAAAAAGUAACUAAAAGCAAACAAGCAGAGAAUGUUAAGUAAAUUAUAGAAUUACACAGAUGAAACUUGAUGAUCGUGAGAAAGAAGAUAACUCUGAAAAAACUCGUUGAAUUGUUCUGAUUAGUGAAAAAAAAAAACAUGAAAAGCCGAAAAAAAAACAACACUCAUCCACAGGCAACCAUAUAACACACAUACACACAUACAUCGCAGACUCACCUGCUCUGGUGAUGAUGAUUGGAGGUUCGCCGAAUUUCACCACCCGAUAUGGGUGGCCAACGGAAUGUCGGAGAUGCGAACGAAACAUGAAAUGUGGAGACGAAAAUGUUUAACUCUUGUAAUUGCAAUAAAAAAAAACGACAUUACGUAAAACAUG